AGUACCAAAUAACCAAAUACAUAGUCACAAAUAAAUAAUAAACAAUUCACAAAUAAAUACCAACCGUUGUAGCCACACAUUUACUUGUGACGGCGUGAGCCCUAAAGCCCCAAGUUUCGAGAGCUCCAUUCACAUUCUCAAAACUAACUUUUAUUUAGAUCGCAAGUAAAUAGCAACAUUAAUAAAUUUUUUUCUAAUAAAAAAAAAAACAUAAAAUAACAUAUCAAUUUCGUGUAAACAACGAAAAAAAUUAACAACCCGAAAGCCUAAAGUUCCAAGUGCAGAAAAAAAUAAAAUUGUAGUUUGUUUGUAGUCGUCUUUGUGUCUGCGAAAUAAAAAAAAUUGUUAAACAUUUUUGAAUUUGUUCGUGACGACGAAACAUAUAUAUACGAAAAUUAACGAAUUGAAACAAAAAAAGCAUUAAACGAAAUCCAAGAAAAUUGUCGCCUUAAAUUAGCUGUCACACCAAACAGUCUGCAGUUUCAUAAAGAAAGAACUUUCCACAGAAAGUCACCCACACGUUUGCUGUGAAAACCAAACAUCGUUCAACUAUCUACUUUAGCAAUUAAAAAAAGUGCUUAGGCGGCAAAAGCUUCAGACUGUCGUCACAUUGUCAUAGCCAUACAUUAUGACCUUACCUACACGCCCAGCACCGGCACCACCUGGAUCGCGAGGACAGGUGGCGGCAGCCACGGCCAAUGCUAGUCUAGAACAAUUGCGUUUGCAAUUGCAACAACAGCAACAAAUGCAACAACAUCAAAAUGUGACCGUACCAAAGUUAACCAUAAAGUUGCCACCCCCACCUAAAGGUCCUAAUCAAGGAGCCAUAAAUGGUUUUGGUUCAACAAAUAGCAUCAACACGGUAGGAGGAAGCAACGGUGGAGGUUCUAUAACGAGAAAAUUUCCUCAAGCCCGUUAUGCACCCGCAACCAAUUGGGACGACUCGCCCUUUGACAUUUUAGGCGGCAGCAAUGCAAGCCUUAAUGGUAAUUUCAAAAAGCAGCCACCACCACGGCCGCCACCACCAAAAGUUCAACCUAAAAAACAUUUGGCCCCCAAUCCACCUGCUCCACAACAAUCCACGAAUAUAUUGAGUAACAUAUUCCAUCGCAAGAAAUCCUCCAGAGCUCCAACGCCCAAUUCAGCGUCACGCAUUUAUGGGUCUGCCAACUAUGGUACAACAUCGUCAUCAACGUCAUCAAACACAACAGCGCUCAGCAGCAGUUCGCAAGUAAAUCAACACAACUCUUGGAACAGUGCUUGGAAUGGUCACAGUUCAACUACAACCUCUAAUCAAGCGACAACAAAUACAAUUAGUUCCAGCGAUUCCCAACUUAUCAGUUUUGAUUCUCCCCCCAGUUCCCCAACGUUCACACAGAAGUCCAACAGUGAUUGCUUGAGUGUUGAUAGUUUCAGUUCCGAUUCCAAUUUCAGUUCGCCCAACAAUGGCAGUGUUUCCCAGCCGGAGAGUGGCUUUGAAGAUGACUUCUCAGCAGCUGGGCGGUCUAGGCCCGCCACCACCAGUCCCCUGGAUCCCUGGGAGACGAUAGAAGCCUUUGGUUCGGCCGAUGCCACAGCACAGCAACCUCGUUAUGGCAGCAUAGGAACGGCGCCCGUAAGAAAUCUCAAUGCCAUAAAUACACGUGCUCAUGCGGCGAAUGGUGACAAUCCCCUAUGUAAUGGUAAAAGUUUAUUGCCCCCCGCACCUACGCUUAAUAUGCCCACCAUUAUUAAGCCAAAAAUCUCGCAAAAACCUAAAGCACCCAAACCACCAGCUUUGGCAAAAGUCAAUGGUGGAGUCUCAUUGUAUUCUGAUUUGCCUACACCUCCAUCUCCGCCCAUGCCACAGUGUGCUCCACCCCCACCACCAUCAACGGUGAAUUCAUCAGCAUUAACAUACUCAUCGGGUUCUACUCCUACAGCUUCGCUGCUCGAUGUCAUCUCGGGUAAAGUUGAUGCACUGCAAUUGUGUCCUUCCGCUGCUGGUCAAAUGGACAAUUAUGGUGCAACUGCUGCCAUGGCGAACGAACAGCCCUAUGGUAUAGCCUUGUAUGAUUUCCAGAGUACAGAAGAGGGCGAUCUAUGUUUUAGGGAAAAUGAAAAAAUCUAUUUGCUAGAACAAGCAAGUGAAACUUGGUUCAAAGGACGUACACGUUCAGGCUGUGAGGGUAUAUUCCCAGCAAAUUAUAUUGAAGUUAAGGUGCCACUAUCCGCAAACAAUAAACAAAACGGCAAUAGUGCACCAGCAACAAUGUCAUCAGCAUCAGCGUAUAGCUCCUCCUCAACAUCAUCUACAUAUAACAGUGCAGUAUCGAAGACAUAUCCCAAAGUAAGAUCGUUAUACAAUUUCCCAGCCGAGGUAGAAGGUGAUUUAGAAUUAAAGGAAAAUGAUAUGGUCACCAUAUUAUAUAGAAUCAACGAAGACUGGUUAUAUGGUGAAGUAAAUGGCCACCAAGGACAAUUUCCUGCAAACUUCCUUGAAUAUGUGCCAUCCAAUGUACCAAUGCCUUAAAUUUAAAACUAAUUUAUACACUCAUAUAUAAUUCCUGUUUAUUAGUUUAGAGAUAAAAUCAAACAAAAUCACACAUUUUCUAGAAGGUAUUUUUGUUUCGUUUAUAAAAUAGAAAAACAAACACAAAAACAACAAUUCUUAAACACUAUACACCAUAAUACUAUACUACACAAAAAUGUAUGCUUUAUUUCCUACUUUAUACAGAUAUCCUAUACAAUAACAAAUUAUAGAUUAGUGUGAAAAUGAAACUUCAUGUAAUAGUAACUUUUGUUAGUAUUUUUUCUUUUUUUUUUUUGUAAAAUGAUCAUAAACCGAAAGAAAGCCCCCUAAGCUACCACAACUCCCCGAGCGAGUCACAAAAAUUUUUUUACCAUUGCUAUAUAGAACUGUAUUAAAUGUUAUUUACAAAUAGCCAUUCAUCAUUUUUAAAAUGUUUGUAUAUAAAAUGAAAAUUAUUUAAACCUUUUUUUUUUGUUUUGCUAUUUGCUAAAAUUUUGUUUGUAAUCAUCCUCAAAUUUCUGAUACGACCAUGAUGCCGUUUUUUUUUAUUAAUAUUUUAUUAAAAUAAAUUUGCUAAUGUAUGCUCAUUUUAAUGUUA